ACAAAACAAAACAGUGAAAUGUAUUAAAUUCACAGAAAUGGUAAAUAGUUCAUUGAAGGAUUGAUAUUCUUAACAUAUUGAUAAAGAAAGUCAAUUAACCUACCACAAAAAGUUGUUAAUUCCGGAUACAAAAACGGUCAUAUGAAAUGGGUCUUACAAAGCAGUAUCUUCGAUACAUUCACCAGGAAACAUUUGGUAUAAUUGGAAGUCACCAAUCAAAUAUUCAAUUUCUGAACUACCUCAACACAUUUGGGAGAUAUGUGGCUGUUGCAGCCUGUGAAGAUGUUAUUAUUUGGGAUUUGCGUAGUAGAAAAAAGGUUUCAGUUCUAAAAGGUGAAAAAUUUCCUGUCACAGCUUUGAAGGUGUCUCUGAAUCACAAACAGCUGUCAGUUGGUUAUGUCAAUGGUAUGAUUAACGUGUUUGAUCUGGAGAAUCGAGAGACCCUGUUCAAGUUUAAUGGACACAGAUCUGCUGUUACAGUUCUCAACCACAACAAAGAUGGUUUCAUUCUGGUGUCUGGAGGAAAUGACACUGAUGUUAUUUUGUGGGAUCUACUGCAAGGAACUGGUAUGUACCGAUUAAAAGGUCACAAAGGAAGCAUAACACAAGCAGUAUUUCUUUCUGAAGAUAAUGUAUUAAUUACCAGCUCAAAGGACUCCCUAAUAAAACUAUGGGACUUGGACACCCAGCAUUGCUUUGAUACCAUUAUUGAACACCGCAGUGAGGUGACAGAUAUUCUUGUUACAAAAAAUAACGAAUUAAUUACUGGAUGCGCUGAUAAUGAACUUCGUUUCUGGGGACUUCAAUCAAAUUCUAACAAACAAGAUGACUCAGAAGCUCCAUUGAAAAAAGCUCGAAUUGAAGAAGUGAAAACAGACCAAACAGAUUCAACUGAAAGUCAGCGAGAAGAGGAAUUUAUUUAUCCAAUCAAAUGUGUCAAAACUGGUUCAUUGAUGCGUCAAACAAAAGAAAGAUUACUUGCCAUGAAAACCAAUCCUUCAAAUAGAGUUCUUGUAUGUCUGAACAAUGAUAGCAGUCUAGAGAUUUAUUUAAUGGCUACUGAUGAAGAGUUGAAGAAAUUAGAGAAGCGAAGGCUAAAAAAACGUAAAAAGAAAGAAGAAACAGAACCUUUAAUAGCAUUAAAAGAUAUCUUCAAGAAAAUUAGCAGCUUUAAAAUAACUCAAAAGGGACAUAGUUUUGACUGUUUCUUGGAAAAAAAUAUCCUAAAGAUUGUGUGUUUAUCAUCCAACAACACCCUGUCAUGGUAUAACAUUGAUAUCAACACUAGUGAGCAGGAGAUACCAGAAACAGAAAUCUUAGAAACACAAGGUCACCAUACUGAGAUCCGGGCACUAUCUUUCAGCUCAGAUAAUACUGCUAUCCUUUCUGCCAGUGCUGAUUCAGUCAAAGUCUGGGAUCGAUCUUAUUUACAAUGUAUAGCAACAAUGGACUGUGAAUAUGCUCUCUGUUGCCUUUUCCUCCCAGGAGACCGUUUAUGUGUUGUUGGAACAAAGUCAGGAACACUUCAGCUAUUUGAAAUUGCAACAGCUACAUUACUAAGCACCUUUGAUGCCCAUAGUGGACCAGUUUGGAGUAUAAGCUUAUCUCCAGACAAGAAUGGCAUUUGUUCUGGAGGUGCAGAUAAGAACAUCAAAUUUUGGACAUUUGAAUGGUUAGUUAUCAGUUCUGAGAAUGAACAGCCGAGAAAACAACUGACCUUGGAACAUCAGAGAACUUUGCUGAUGGAUGAAGUUGUUCUGGCUGUCAUGUACAGUCCUAAUAACCAGUUGGUGUGUGUUGCUCUCAUGGACAAUACAGCUAAAUUAUUUUAUGCUGACUCAUUAAAGUUCUUUGUCUCACUCUAUGGACACAGUAUGCCUGUGCUGUGUCUAGAUGUUUCAUCUGAUAGUGAGUUGAUUGUUACUGGUUCAGCAGAUAGAGAUGUCAAAUUAUGGGGCACAGACUUUGGAGACUGCCACAAGUCACUUUUUGCACAUGAUGGCAGUGUCACUUGUGUUAAAUUCAUUCCAAACACACAUAUGUUUUUCUCCUGUGGGAAAGAUAAAAAAAUCCGCCAAUGGGAUGGGGAUCAUUUCCUGCCAAUUUUAACAUUACAGGGUCACCAAGAUCAAAUACGUUGUUUAGCUAUCAGCCCUAGUAGUAAUUUUCUUGUGUCAGCAUCACAUGACAAAUCAAUACGUCUGUGGGAAAAGACAGAAGAAAUAGUUAUACCAGAUGAAGAAAAGGAAAUGGAAAGAGAAGAAGAACUUGAUAAAGAAUAUGAAGAAACAGAAUUACAGAUUCCAGGAGAAAUUUCUAAAGAAGUUAGCCAUGCCUCACGUAUGUCUCUUGAAACAGUAAAAUCUAUUGAUAAAUUAAUGGAAGCAAUAAGUCUUCAUCAAGAAGAGUCUAGAAAACCAGAAAAAGAAAGAAUUGCAGAUGCUGCCACCAAUCCAUUUCUGUUAGCUUAUGGGGUUGAUAAUACUGUGAAAUAUGUCCGAGAAAUCUUUAAACGAAUUAAUGCCAGUGAGUUGAAUGGUACAUUGCUGGGUCUCCCUUAUCACUGUGCUGUUAUCCUUCUGAAGCUGCUGCAUAAAUUUGUGACAUCAAAAUGGUGUACUAUGAAGUCUAUAAAUGCUAUAUUAUUUCUUCUUAGAGUUCAUCAUAACCAGUUGCUGGUUGAUAAGAGCAUUCUUCCAUUUUUAUUGAAAUUAAAUGAAGACAUUCAAGAACAUGUAUCUGAACUUGUGGAUACAAGUGGUUAUAAUCUUUAUGCCCUCAAAAUGCUGCAAAGACAAUAUAGUAAUGGUGAUAUAUCAGACAAUUUUGAAGUUACUGAUGUUAAAUAAAAAAAAAUUAAAUUUU